GAACUAAGAUUUCUUGACAUGUAUGCGGAGAAUGAUUUUCUGGAAGAAACGGAAUAUGAUUAUGUCAGCCAAUACUUUCCAAAUGCUUUACGAUAUCUAUGUUGGUGCAACUACCCUUUUCGGUCUUUACCCAACACCUUUCAAGGAAAUAAUCUUGUUGCUCUUAAGAUGUCUUGGAGCAAAAUCCUAUGACUUUGGGAAGGGGGAGAAAAAAAGGUUCUUAAGAAGCUCAAAUUCCUUGACCUCAGUUGUUCCAUGGUCACGACCCUUGACCUUGAGCUUAUUCCAAAUAUCGAGUCAUUGUCUCUUGGAGAAUGUCGAGGCUUGGUACUAAUUGACAUGCUUAAUCAAUGUUUAAACCUCAUUAGUGUCGACUUCAGUCAUUCACAGUUGAAGACCGUUGACCUUCGCUCAGCUAUAAAGCUCGAGCUGUUAAAACUUGAAGGCUGCUGUGAUUUGGUAGAACUUCAUUUGCCAAAUGGAUGUCAGAAACUUAAACAACUCUAUUGCACAGAGUCAAAGUUAAUGGCCAUUGACCUUCAGCUGGCUCCGAAUCUUGAGACAUUGAUUCUUAAAAAACACAGAGAUUUAGUAACACUUCACAUAGCCAACAAUUGUCAAAAGCUCAUAUCACUCGACGUUAGUUAUUCAAAGUUGAAAACCCUUGAGCUUGGGCUGACUCCAAAUCUCAAGAGCUUAAAUCUUGAAGGCUGUUGUGAUUUAGUACAACUUCAUUUGACAAAUGGUUGUCAAAAACUCAAAAAACUCAACUGUACAAAGUCAAAGUUGAUGGUCCUUGACCUUCAGUUGGCUCGGAAUCUAGAGAUGCUGAUGCUUGAAAAAAACAAAGGUUUGGCAACACUUCACAUACCCAAUAAUUGUAGAAAGCUUAUAUCCCUUGACAUUAGUUAUUCAAAGUUGAAAACCCUUGAGCUUAGGCUGACACCAAAUCUCAAGAGCUUAAAUCUUGAAGGCUGCUGUGAUUUGGUAGAACUUCAUUUGCCGAAGGGAUGUCAAAAACUCAAACAACUCCACUGCACAGAGUCAAAGUUAAUGGCCCUUGACCUUCGACAGGCUCCAAAUCUUGAGAUGCUGAUUCUUAGAAAAAACAGAGAUUUGGUAACACUUUACAUAGCCAAGAACUGCCAAAAGCUCAUAUCCCUCGACGUUAGUUAUUCAAAGUUGAAAACCGUUGAGCUUGGGCUGACUCCAAAUCUCAAGAGCAUAAAUCUUGAAGGAUGCUUUGAUUUGGUAGAACUUCAUUUGCCAAAUGGAUGUCAAAAACUUAAAGAACUCCAUUGCACAGAGUCAAAGUUGAUGGCCCUUGACCUUCAGUUGUCUCCGAAUCUUGAGACGUUGAUUCUUGAAAAAAAUAGAGAUUUGGUAACACUUCAAAUAGCCAAAAACUGUCAAAAGCUCAUAUCCCUAGACAUUACUUAUUCAAAGUUGAAAAACCUUGACCUUGGGCUGACUCCAAAUCUAAAGAUCUUAAAUCUUGAAGGCUGCUGUGAUUUGGAAGAACUUCAUUUGCCAAAUGCAUGUCAAAAACUCAAACAACUCCACUGCACGGAGUCAAAGUUGAUGGCUCUAGACCUUCAGCUGGCUCCGAAUCUGGAGACGUUGAUUCUUAAAAAAAACAGAGAUUUGGUCACACUUCACAUAGCCAAGAACUGUCAAAAGCUUAUAUCCAUCGAUGUUAGUUAUUCAAAGUUGAAAACCCUUGAGCUUGGCCUAACCCCAAAUCUCAAGAACUUAAAUCUUGAAGGCUGCUGUUAUUUGGUAGAGCUUCAUUUGCCAAAUGGAUGUCAAAAACUCAAAAAACUCCAAUGCACAGAGUCAAAGUUGAUGGCCCUUGACCUUCAGUUGGCACCGAAUCUUGAGACGUUGAUUCUUAAAAAAAACAGAGAUUUGGUAACACUUCAAAUAGCCAAGGAGUGUCAAAAGCUCAUAUCCCUUGACGUUAGUUAUUCAAUGUUGAAAACCCUUGAGCUUGGGCUAGCACCAAAUCUCAGGAGCUUAAAUCUUGAAUGCUGUUGUGAUUUGGUAGAACUUCAUUUGCCAAAUGAAUGUCAAAAACUCAAAGAACUCAUCUGCACAGAAUCAAAGUUGAUGGCUCUUGACCUUCAGUUGGCUCCAAAACUUAAGACGAUGAUUCUUAAAAAAAACAGAGAUUUGUUAAUACUUCACAUAGCAAAGAAUUGUCAAAAGCUCAAAUCUCUCGAUGUUAGUUAUUCAAAGUUGAAAACCCUUGAGCUUGGGCUGACUCCAAAUCUCAAGAGCUUAUGUCUUGAAGGGUGUUGCAAUUUGGUAGAACUUCAUUUUCCAAAUGAAUGUCAAAAACUCAAAAAACUCAACUGCACAGAGUCAAAGUUGAUGACCCUUGACCUUCAGCUGGCUCCAAAUCUUGAGACGUUGAUUCUUGAAAAAAACAGAGAUUUGGUAACAGUUCACGUUGCCAAGAGCUGUGAAAAGCUCAUAUCUGUCGAUGUUAGUUAUUCAAAGUUGAAAACCCUUGAGCUUGGGUUAACUCCAAAUCUCAAGAGCUUAAAUCUUGAAGCAUGCAAUAAUUUGGCACAACUUCAGGUUCCAAAUGGUUGUCAGAAACUCAAACAACUCCACCUCACGGAGUCAAAGUUGAUGGCCCUUGACCUUCAGCUGGCUCCAAAUCUUAAGACGCUGAUUCUUAAAAAGAAUAGAGAUUUGGUAAUACUUCACUUAGCAAAGAAUUGUCAAAAGCUUAUAUCCCUCGAUGUUAGUUAUUCAAUGCUGAAAACCCUUGAGCUUGGGCUGACUCCAAAUCUCAAGAGCUUAAAUCUUGAAGGCUGUUGUGAUUUGGUAGAACUUCAUCUGCCAAAUGAAUGUCAAAAACUAAAAAAACUCCACUGCACAGAGUCAAAUUUGAUGGCCCUUGACCUUCAACUGGCUCCGAAUCUUGAGACGCUGAUUCUUGAAAAAAACAGAGAUUUGGUAACACUUCACAUAGCCAAGAACUGUCAAAAUCUCAGUGACAUUAGUGUCGCUUGGAUCUUCAGGUGUAUCAACACUUGACCAAAUGUGUGCAGUUUCCUCGCCUAUCUUCUAUUUUAGAUUUUCUUCAAAACUUUUCGAGUCAGGUAAGCCUUUUUCUUUAAGGAUCACUAUGAAGAUGAUUCAUCAAAUACUACAUACCUUGAGGUGUAGCAUUUUCCAUUUCUUGGAUCACAACACCUCCACCAUUUUGUUUGAUUUUCGUAUCCAACAAAUAUACACCUGACUGCUUUCUUUUCAAGCUUGGUAGGUAAAUGAUUGGGCAUAAAUAUAUAGUAAAUGCAGCCAAAUACUCGAAAGUAACAAAUAGUAGGUUUCAUGUUUCAUAGUGUCUCAAAUGGUGAGAUGAAACCUAACCUUGGUUGGGGAAGUUUAUAGAUCAAGUGGGCAACAAUUUGCAUUGCUCAACCCAAAAUCUUCUUGGGAUACUCUUUGCGUGUUGCAUGCUUUGACAAAUUUAUGCAAGAUGUGGAUUCUUGCUCUCAACUACACCAUUUUUUUUGUUGAUGUGUGUUCGCACAUUUGAAUUAAUAAUGUAAACUGCUUUUCUAGCAGAUAGUGUGUAACACCCCGUUUUCAAGUCAAACCCUAAAAUAUGAUGACGUGUUGUAAGUAUUAUUUUAUUAUAAUAUAUUAAUAUAUUUAAGUUAA